CACGUUGGCAUAUAGCUUAUAACAAUACAUCUAAAAAACCCUGGUGACUAGUCUUUGCUGGAAUUGCGAAAACUCGCUACAGAGACUGAGGCGUCUGAUUUUCAUUUUGAGGUAGCAUUAUCAUGAGGAGGGCUGCGAUAAGCUCGCUGCGCCUCCUUAGGGCUGAAGCGGCGGAAGCGACUCCGGCCGUGAGCGAGAGCUUGCGAAGCUCGCCGGCGGGUCUGCAUCAAGCUUCUCGCGCACAGCUCUCGGCUCUGACGCGGCCUUUGGGGCAACGGUACAGCUCAGCGGCUGUCCCACUCACCAAGCCGGCCGGGGCUCUCGACCUUGAUGACGAUUACAACCUGCUCGUCGGCCACACGGAGCUGCACCGCAAGCACCACCAGCCCCCGGUGCCCGCGGAGACGGGCGGCCCGCUCGCCAAAUACGAGGCAGGGCUCUCUACGGGCCAGUACCGGCCCGACCCCCGACAGCGCCUGACCAUCCAGAUGCUGCAGGAGCUGUACGACGACCUGCAAAAGGCGGGCGCCGACCACGCGCUGGCCAACCCGCCCACCCGCCACAAGCCCCGCCGCCGCCCCUCGGGCCUCACCAUCGUGGACCACGUGGGCGAGGACGCCAAGCCCGCCGCCGCCAGCACCACCGGCGGCUGGUUCACCAGCCUCUUCAACAGCGGCAACGGCAACGGUGCUAACGGCGCCAACGGAAAGGGCGCGCACUCGCUGUCGCUAGGGCGCGAGGGCAAGUCGGCGGCGGACGCGCUGCCGGCGGUGCGCGGGCUGUACAUGUACGGCGGCGUGGGUUGCGGCAAGACGAUGCUGAUGGACGUGUUCGUGCACACGGCGCCGGCGCACUUCCGUGUGCUGCGCACCCACUUCCAUGAUUUCAUGCUGGAGGUGCACGCGGCACUGCGCAAGCACAGUCGCGAGGCGGACCCGUUGCUGGCGGUGGCGGACGGCAUCGCGGCGCGCUGCCGGGUACUGGCGCUGGACGAGCUGUUUGUGACGGACGUGGCGGACGCCAUGAUUCUGAACAGGCUGUUCGGUCGGCUGUGGGAGCGGGGUGUGGUGCUGGUGGCCACGUCCAACCGCCCACCCGAUGACCUGUACAAGGGCGGCCUGCAGCGCAACCUGUUCAUGCCCUUCAUUCACAGGCUCAAGAACCAGUGCCGCGCACACGACAUGGCCAGCGGCACCGACUACCGCCGGCUGGCCCAGCACCAGCGGGGGCUCUACUUCGUGCAGCCCACCGCCGCCGCCAUGGCGUCAGGCGCCGCCGCAGCCGCCGCCCCCUGCGCCGAGACGGCGGCGGUGGCGGCGGCCGAGGAGGAGCAGCUGGCGGCGCGGUUCAAGGAACUGACGGCGGCGGCGCCAACCGCCCCCGCGCGGAUUGAGGUGGCCAUGGGGCGACACCUGGAGGUGCCGCUGGCGGCGGGCAAGGCCUGCAUGUUCUCGUUCGGCGAGCUGUGCGGGCGGCCGGUGGCGGCGGCCGACUACUUGGCACUCAGCGCCGCCUACCACACGCUAGCGCUGCAGGGCGUGCCCACCUUUGGCGCCGCCAACCGCAGCGAGGCGUACCGCUUCGUGACGCUGAUUGAUGUGCUGUACGAGGCACGUACUCGGCUGCUGGUGACCGCCGCCGCGCCGCCUGUGGACCUAUUCAAGAACAUCAUCACCCAGUUCGAUGCCGCCAAGGACCCCGAGCUGGCGUCACGGCCCGACGUCGUGGUGGAUGACAACCUGGGGUUCGCCAAGGACCGCACCAUCUCGCGCCUGACCGAGAUGCAGUCGCUGCAGUACCUGCUGCACCACGCUCGGCAGCACGAACCCAGCCUGGUGCUGGCCCUGGAGGAGGCCUUCUCCAAGAAGGUCAAGGCAGCCAAGUUUGCCGGCCACUAAAAGGCGGCCAGCAGCUUGCAAAUAGCUGCUCGGUGGACGUUGGAUUUGUUUGCCGGCCACUAAGCGGCGCGAGGCUUUGCAUGGGCCCUGCCGCGGCUGCAAGGCGUGCGAGGCUCGGUGGGCGUCGCCAAGCAGGAGCAGUGCGGUGAAGGAGCGCCCAACGCGAAGGACAAAAGCCAGGACUUUGCUUCGGGUUUUGCACGGGCUUUUGCACAUAGCGUAUCGCAUAACACAUAGAACCGUUGCAUCGAACGAAGACUCGUACAGUCAAGUGCUAGUAGAGAUUGUGAAAUGUAGUAGUGGUGGGAAUUCCGAGGGCCAACGCCGUUGAGCGGGCGACCGCACAGCGUGUGUCAUCGCCGGCAGCAAGGUGAAGGAAGGGCACGGGGCGCAACCAACGCGAGGAGAGGGCUUGCGCUCUGCUAGGGGCGCUCAUGCUGGUUUUGGAGACCUGGGCUUGGCACUGCCUUGUUGCAUCUUGCAUAAUCGGGAGCCUCGCGUGUUUGGCGCGGCGAGGAGUUCGUUCCUCACGGCGCCAGCACAAUCGUUUGCUGUGAUGGAGCUUCGCUUUGCAUCCGGGCGGAGGCAAAUGCGGGCGCUCCGGCAGUGCAUUUUGGCGGACGGGAUGUUGCGCCUUGCUUUUUCCCGGUGUGGGCAAAUGAUGACGCUACAAUAAUCAUUUGCAGCUUUGGCAAACGCACCCACGCGCUGAGUGCGGGUCUGCGCCUCGCUGUGCGGGGCAAGCCCUUGGCUUACUGACCAUAUAGAAUAUGACGGUUUGACUUCUGCUUGUCGUUUCUGGCAAACGAUACUGCUUGUUAUGAGGAUUGAGGGCACCCCCAAUAAAGGUCAACAAAAAACGUAGAAUGGCAGAGAAAGUCUGGGAUGCGCUUGGGGACGCGCAAGGUAUGGGCGCGUGACCAGACAGUAUGGGCGCUGGUGCGGGCGGGGUGUUGGGCGUUGCGCUCGCUUUCCUUGCCCUGUGAUUACGCGCGUAUGUCGAUGCGUCCCGGACGUGUGCCAAUGGGGGCUGCAGAUAUUGCAACUGGUGAUGUGCGCACAGCGUUGGUGGUAUUAAGCGGGCUGGGAAUGGCAUGCAAAUGGUCAGGUGUUUGACGGAAGCUUUGGGCGCGUGGUCGAGAGCGGUGCCGAAACGGUUGUCACCUCGUGCCAGGAGAGUCCAUUGCUUGUGCAGGUGCAGAUGCUGCGAGGGCUGGCGCGACGCAGGGGGGGGGGGCAUGACCAGAAGGAUUGGGGGUGGGGUUUAUGCUGUGGGUUCAGCUCCGCGAGAGAUACGCGUGAGGAUGCGCGAUUGCGGUUGCCUUGGGAACGUGCUGGCGAAACACGCGGGCACGUCAAGGCAGAAACAGUGAUGAAUGCGUGUGUCGUGUGGCAGCGUGGUGGACUGAGAGUUUUGCAAGGUCACCGUUAUGCGUAGGAUUGCGACAGGCCCCGAUGUGGGCAAAGCUUAUUCGGCAUUGGGCGAAGCGCGUGUGGAGUCGGGAGCGGACUGCCAUGAUUCCAUGAAUGUGUUUUUGGCACAGAGGGGACGCCACGCACCGUCAUUGACUGACAGAAGAAUCGGAGUGUGGAAGCGGGAUGUGUUUCGUUGCAUGGAUGCGGCACUAGGCGUUGCGCAAAUGGUGUAUGAUACGGACGGCAGCACACGAGGUGCAGACGUGUAGCAUGUCAACGAGGAUGUGACCUGACCCUCAGUUGCCUCAGGUGAGGGGAGGCAAGGCGCAUAAUACAGUCACCUGCUACCGUAUGUGCCAUUAUAUGCUGCAGGAAUGGCUCUAGUCCGUGAACACGAGUAAAGGGCCCGCUUGCAAG